UCCCCUGUCUCGUGUUCUCAGAUCUGUUACAACGUAUCUGAGCUUCUUGAUCAGUAUUGAUCUGAUCCAUGGCAGUAACAUUCCCUCGGAGAGCACUCGCGGUCUGCCUCCUUGCUCUGCUUGCUGGCUGCUCAACCGUCGCCGGGCAGCUGUCUUCGACGUUCUAUAAGAAAAAAUGCUCCAACUUGGAAAGCAUCGUCCUGUCGGCCAUGACUCAGGCCGUAAACAACGAGCCAAGGAUGGGAGCUUCCAUCCUCCGCCUCUUCUUCCAUGAUUGCUUCGUCAACGGAUGCGACGGAUCGAUCCUUCUCGACGACAACACAACAUUCACAGGAGAAAAGAACGCCGGACCCAACGCCAACUCUGUGCGCGGCUACGAUGUCGUGGACACCAUCAAAGCCAACGUCGAAGCCGCCUGCAAUGCCACCGUCUCCUGUGCCGACAUCCUCGCGCUCGCUGCCCGCGACGGCGUAGUUCUGCUUGGAGGACCGACUUGGACGGUGAAGCUGGGCCGCCGGGACGCGACGACGGCGAGCCAAAGCGCGGCGAACAGCAACCUCCCUGGCCCGGGAUCCAGCCUCGCCCAGCUCAGGACCUUCUUCGCCAACAAGAAUCUAAACGCCCGUGACCUCACCGCACUCUCUGGCGCGCACACUAUCGGCCAAGCGCGUUGCGUCAACUUCCGGUCCCACAUCUACAACGACGCCAACAUCAACGCCACAUUCGCGGCGCAGCUCCAGCAGAGCUGCCCCUCCUCCGGCGGCGACGACACUCUGGCGCCGCUCGACCUCCAGACGCCGACGGCUUUCGACAAUGCGUACUACCAGAACCUAGUGGCGCAGAAGGGGCUGCUGCACUCCGACCAGGAGCUCUUCAACGGCGUGUCUCAGGAGGCGCUGGUCCGACGCUACAGCACCGGCGCGGCAGCCUUCAACGCGGACUUCGCGGGUGCUAUGGUUAAGAUGGGAAACAUCAGCCCGCUGACGGGGAGCAACGGCGAGAUCAGAUUGAACUGCAGGAAGGUCAACUGAGGAUAACGGAUUCUGAUGAGUUUGUUGCUUAGCUUGGAAAAGAAAACUGAGUUUAUUGGUUUAAUUAAAGCAAAUAAUUAAGCAGAGAGACAAAAAAAAAUGCCUAAGCAAGCAAUUUAUGUAAUCAGAUCAAUCUUUUCUAUAAUAUCCGAGCAUCAAUUCAGAAUAUCAGUAUUAUUGUUGCGAUGUA